AGUCUGUAUUGGGAGCAAUUAUCUCCAAAUCCCAUGCCACCAAAAAGGCACACGCAUAUGUUAAAUUGUUUGCUAUUGAAAAGGCAACAAUCUUUACCAGUGUGUCUGUUUGGGAGAGAACAGUGGGUUGAAGCAGGACUGCCUGGAGGAAGAGGGGAAACUGCUCCUGUCAUAUCAAACUCACCAUCUGACCCUUCUUGGUUGCGGAGAGAUCUAUCGUUCCCAAGAGCUUUUUCACAUGGUGUUCAGUGCUCUCAAAUGGAUGAGGUCAAGCCUGUCCCCAUUUCACACAGACACAUUGGCAAUUCUUACCUUUUUCUGGGCCUAGCCCGGCUGGCUGACUGGGAUGUCCCCAGUGCUCCACAGUCAGUGACCUAACCAGCUGUGAGCUCCCUCCUCCCUGCCUCCCGCGCUGCCCUUUAAAGUAGGCAAUCUGCCUUAAUCCUCAACCGAGCGAGGGAACGAAGCAGGGAGAGCGGCACAGAGAGAGAAGGAGCAUGAAACAGACACGAGCAGGGGGACUCAAAUUCCUCUCAGAGGGAACUCUGGGGUGAAAGCAAAGCGUGCGCUGAGGGGAGAACUGGCAAAGCUUUUGCCUCUGUCCUCCCAUGAGAGCACCUGAGGCUAAUUUGGCCCUUCCUCCCUAUCCAGGGGGAAAGGCCAAAAGAAUGGAGGGUCCCCCCUUGCAAGAUGAAGAGGUAGUUGGGCUAAAGUGCUAGCAUCUUCUGAAGAUUUACACAUCUGCCCUCCUGUUCACCACCAGCCAGCAAGAUGUCACAGUCGGAGUGCAACGGAAUACCAGCUGGCAGUUCUGAGGUACCACGUUCAGCGGCUGAAGCUUUUGUGGAGGCAACAGGCCAGGCCCUGGCAUGGACACUUACCAACGGGACCUCAGAUACCCUGGGCUCUACAGGCAGCAAUGCACAGAAGAAGCGUCUUCAGCACAACAAGCAUAAGUCCCAAGGUAGCAAUGUUGUGCACCGUUCACCACGAGCCCUUUUCUGCCUCAGGCUGAACAAUCCCAUCCGCAGGGCCGCUAUCAGCAUUGUUGAAUGGAAACCUUUUGACAUCCUCAUCCUCAUGACCAUUUUUGCCAACUGCGUGGCCUUAGGAGUCUAUAUCCCCUUCCCUGAGGAUGAUUCCAACGUCUCCAACCACAACUUGGAACAAGUGGAGUAUGUCUUUCUCAUCAUAUUCACGGUGGAGACUUUCCUCAAGAUCCUUGCCUAUGGCCUGGUCAUGCACCCCAGCGCUUACAUCCGCAAUGGCUGGAACCUUCUCGACUUUGUCAUCGUUGUGGUAGGCCUCUUCAGUGUCAUCCUGGAACAGUUUUCUCACAAGCCUGGGGAUGCUCAUCACAUGAGUGGGAAGCCUGGUGGAUUUGAUGUCAAAGCUCUGAGAGCCUUUCGUGUCCUGCGACCUCUGCGUCUUGUCUCUGGUGUCCCCAGUCUGCACAUUGUCUUGAACUCCAUCAUGAAAGCCAUGGUGCCCCUUCUGCACAUUGCGUUGCUUGUCCUUUUCGUUAUCAUCAUCUAUGCUAUUAUUGGCCUGGAGCUGUUCAUUGGCCGCAUGCACAAGACCUGCUUCAUCAUUGGAUCAGAUCUGGAAGCUGAGGAGGACCCAUCACCUUGUGCCUUUUCUGGGCAUGGUCGAGAGUGCACGGUGAACAAUAGUGAGUGCCGUGGAAGGUGGGAAGGACCCAAUGGUGGCAUCACCAACUUUGACAACUUUUUCUUUGCCAUGCUGACUGUCUUCCAAUGCAUCACCAUGGAAGGAUGGACUGAUGUGCUCUACUGGAUGCAAGAUGCAAUGGGCCAUGAGCUGCCAUGGCUUUACUUCGUCAGCCUUGUCAUCUUUGGCUCCUUUUUCGUGCUCAAUCUGGUUUUGGGUGUGCUAAGUGGAGAAUUCUCCAAGGAGCGAGAGAAGGCCAAAGCCCGGGGUGACUUUCAAAAGCUACGGGAGAAGCAGCAGAUGGAAGAAGAUCUGAAGGGCUAUCUGGACUGGAUCACACAGGCUGAAGAUAUAGAGCCAGACGAAGAAGGCGAGGAAGCAGAUGACAAGCAUACCCGCGUGACUGUGGCAGACCUGACAGAGAAGAAGAAAAAGAAGUGGUUCGGACACAGCAGCCACUCCAGCAACACCCACACCAGUCUCCCUGCUAGCGAAACCACCUCUGUCAAUACAGAGAACGUUGGAGAAGAAGAGCACCAUCAGAACAAUUGCUGUGAUGUGUGCUUAGGCAAGCUCUCAAAGACCAAAUUCGGCCGCCGAGUGCGACGCAUCAACCGCCAGUUCCGGAAGAAAUGCCGCCUGGCUGUCAAAUCUGUCUCUUUCUACUGGAUGGUCCUGAUCCUUGUCUUCCUCAACACCCUCACCAUUGCCUCUGAGCACUACAACCAGCCUGACUGGCUGACACAGAUCCAAGCUUAUGCCAACAAAGUUCUGUUGUCCCUGUUCACCAUGGAGAUGCUGCUCAAGAUGUACAGCCUGGGCCUACAGGCCUAUUUUGUCAGCUUCUUCAAUCGCUUUGACUGCUUUGUGGUGUGUGGUGGAAUCCUGGAGACAGUGCUGGUUGAGUUUGAGAUCAUGCAGCCCCUCGGGAUAUCUGUACUCCGCUGCGUCCGCCUUCUACGGAUCUUCAAGGUCACCAGGCACUGGGCCUCACUGAGCAAUCUGGUGGCCUCCUUGCUGAACUCCAUGAAGUCCAUUGCUUCCUUGCUUCUCUUACUUUUCCUCUUCAUCAUCAUCUUCUCCUUGCUGGGCAUGCAGCUCUUUGGGGGCAAGUUCAACUUUGACGAGACCCAGACCAAACGCAGCACUUUUGACACCUUCCCCCAGGCUUUGCUCACCGUCUUUCAGAUUCUGACAGGAGAGGACUGGAAUGCAGUGAUGUAUGAUGGGAUCAUGGCCUAUGGCGGUCCCUAUUUUCCGGGUAUGCUGGUCUGUGUCUAUUUCAUCAUCCUCUUCAUUUGUGGCAACUAUAUCCUACUCAAUGUCUUCUUGGCCAUUGCUGUGGAUAACCUUGCAGAUGGAGACAAUAUCAAUACCUCCAAGGAGGAGGAGAACAAGGAGAAAGAGACACCAGCUGCGGAUGGGGAGCAGAGCAAUGAGAAAGAAGAGAAAGAUGUGAAGGUGGAAUGUGGUGAGGAAGAAGAGGAGGUGGAGGAAGGCAGUGAAGAAGCAGGUGAGGAGGAGGAAGAGGAAGAGGAAGGAGGAGACCAGGAGAGUUUGGCAGAGUCCCACGUAGACAAACUGGAAGAAACCCCCAAGGAGAAAGUGUUGCCAAUUCCUGAUGGAAGCUCCUUCUUCUGUCUCAGCAAGACAAACCCACUUCGUGUUGGCUGCCACAAGCUGAUCCAUCACCACAUCUUCACCAAUCUCAUCCUUGUCUUCAUCAUCCUUAGCAGCAUCUCCCUGGCAGCUGAGGACCCUAUCCGGGCGCACUCUUUCCGCAACAAUAUUCUGGGCUACUUUGACUAUGCCUUCACUUCCAUCUUCACUGUUGAGAUCCUGCUCAAGAUGACAGCAUAUGGUGCCUUCCUGCACAAGGGCUCAUUCUGCCGGAACUGGUUCAAUCUUCUGGAUCUGCUAGUUGUCAGCGUUUCGCUCAUCUCCUUUGGCAUCCACUCCAGUGCCAUCUCUGUGGUGAAGAUCUUGCGAGUGCUGAGGGUGCUCCGUCCACUCCGAGCCAUCAACCGGGCCAAGGGGCUCAAGCACGUGGUACAGUGUGUGUUCGUGGCCAUCCGUACCAUUGGAAACAUAAUGAUAGUCACCACCCUGCUGCAGUUCAUGUUUGCGUGCAUCGGAGUUCAGCUGUUCAAGGGCAAAUUCUACAGCUGCACAGAUGAGGCCAAGCACACCCCACAAGAGUGCAAGGGCACAUUCAUUGUUUACAAGGAUGGGGAUGUGGCUCACCCAAUGGUGCGUGAGCGCAUGUGGCUCAACAGUGACUUCAACUUCGACAACGUGCUUUCGGGCAUGAUGGCCCUCUUCACUGUCUCCACUUUUGAGGGCUGGCCAGCGCUGCUGUACAAGGCCAUUGAUGCUAAUGCAGAAAACCAAGGUCCCAUCUACAACUACCGGGUGGAGAUUUCCAUCUUUUUCAUCGUCUAUAUCAUCAUCAUUGCCUUCUUCAUGAUGAAUAUAUUUGUGGGCUUUGUCAUCAUCACUUUCCGGGCACAAGGAGAACAGGAAUACAAGAACUGUGAGCUAGACAAGAAUCAGCGGCAGUGCGUGGAAUACGCCUUGAAGGCCCAGCCAUUACGGCGCUACAUCCCCAAGAACAAAUAUCAGUACAAGUUCUGGUACAUGGUCAACUCCACUGGUUUUGAGUACAUCAUGUUUGUGCUCAUCCUGCUCAACACCAUUGCUCUGGCUGUACAGCACUACGAACAGUCCCAGCCCUUUAACUACGUCAUGGACCUGCUCAACAUGGUCUUCACAGGCCUCUUCACUGUUGAGAUGGUGCUGAAGAUCAUUGCUUUCAAGCCCAAGCACUACUUCUGUGAUGCAUGGAAUACCUUUGAUGCCCUGAUCGUGGUUGGGAGUGUAGUGGACAUUGCUGUCACCGAAGUCAAUAAUGGAGGGCAUGUUGGAGAGAGCUCUGAGGACAGCUCCCGCAUUUCCAUCACCUUCUUUCGUCUCUUCCGUGUCAUGCGCCUGGUCAAACUGCUCAGCAAAGGGGAGGGCAUCCGCACCUUGCUCUGGACCUUCAUCAAAUCAUUCCAGGCUUUGCCAUAUGUUGCCCUUCUCAUUGCCAUGAUCUUCUUCAUCUAUGCUGUCAUUGGCAUGCAGACCUUUGGCAAAGUAGCAAUGCAGGAUGCUACGCCAAUCAACCGCAACAACAACUUCCAGACCUUUCCACAGGCCGUGCUGCUGCUUUUCAGGUGUGCAACAGGGGAAGCCUGGCAGGAGAUCAUGCUGGCCAGCUUGCCUGGCAAACGCUGCGACCCUGAGUCGGAUUAUGAGCCUGGGGAGGAAUUCACCUGUGGCAGCAACUUCGCCAUUGUUUACUUCAUCAGCUUCUUCAUGCUGUGUGCCUUCUUGAUCAUUAACCUCUUUGUUGCUGUUAUCAUGGACAAUUUUGACUAUUUGACCCGGGACUGGUCCAUUCUGGGUCCCCACCAUCUGGACGAGUUUAAGAGGAUUUGGUCUGAGUAUGAUCCAGCUGCCAAGGGCCGCAUCAAGCACCUCGAUGUAGUGACACUCCUACGCCGGAUACAGCCACCCCUGGGCUUUGGGAAGCUCUGCCCCCACCGAGUAGCCUGCAAGCGGCUGGUGGCUAUGAACAUGCCCCUGAAUUCAGACGGAACGGUCACCUUCAAUGCCACCCUCUUUGCGCUAGUACGGACAUCCCUCAAGAUCAAGACAGAAGGAGACCUGGAAGUGGCCAAUAUGGAACUCCGUGCUGUCAUCAAAAAGAUCUGGAAACGGACCAAGCCCAAACUACUAGAUGAAGUGAUUCCUCCACCAGAAGAGGAGGAGGUCACUGUUGGAAAGUUCUAUGCCACAUUCCUGAUCCAGGAUUAUUUCCGGAAAUUCCGUAAGCGGAAGGAGAAGGGGAUGUUGGGACCAGAUGGGUCCCCGAGCAACUCUACUGCCUUGCAGGCUGGGCUGAAAAGCUUACAAGACCUGGGGCCGGAGAUCCGCCGGGCAAUGUCCUGUGACCUGGAAGAGGAGGAAGCUGAGGAGACAGUGUGUGAGGAGAGCUCUGAGAUGCUGUAUGGCAGUGCCCCUGACCAUCAUGUCUCCGCUGCUGCCGCUUCACCAGACCAGGAGAACAAGGCACUGGUGAAUGGGCUGGUGGGCUCCCAGCACCCCUCAAGCAUCAACCUUUCCCACAUGACCAAUGGGCCAACACACUACAAGGAGAAUGUCGGCGGCAAUGAUGAACCUGCUGACCUGCCCAACAUCUCCACUCGGCGCAGGCUGAGCAGACGGAGCUCCGAUGGCAGCUGCAUCCCACCGACGGUGCAAGAAGAAGCCACCCAUACUGAGGAUUAUAGGGAGGACACCUCAGUUGAGCAGGGAUACUAUAGCCGGGAGGAGGACUCAGAGAGCUUAGCCUCCCGUGAGAGGCAGCCCUGCUUGCACAACCCUCGGCCCCACCGCCAUCGCUGGGGCAAUGGCUACGGUGGCUCUUUGCCGCUCCCCUCCCGGCGCGUCAGCAAUGGGCUUGUCAAUGGAAACCUGGACGGCAGGCAGACCAAGCGCAGGCGCCUCCUGCCUCCCACACCCACAGGCCGCAAACCAGCCUUCAGCAUCCAGUGCCUGCAGCGUCAAGGUAGCUGCGACGACAUUCCCAUCCCAGGAACCUACCACCAGAAUGCCCCACCCUGCCGAGCACGUGCACAGGGCUACGGCAGUUACGACUCGUGGCACAGCGGCAGCCACUCCUCAACAGCUUCCUCACAGUCAUGGGCCACGCCACCCAAGCGGAGCCGCUUGCUCUAUGCCCCUCUCAUCCUGGUGGAGGAGGAUGGGAGCUGGGAGAAGAACAGCAGCAGCCUCCCACCCAUGUCACGGGCACGCUGGUACAUGGAUGAGUCGGAGCUGCCCUACCGUACCUAUGGCCAGCUCCGGGUGCCCGGCCCACUCAAACACAGCUACAAUGACAAACGCGGCAGUGCAGACAGCCUGGUGGAGGCGGUGCUAAUCUCUGAGGGCCUUGGCCUCUAUGCACGGGACCCUAAGUUUGUGGCCUUUGCCAAGCGAGAGAUUGCUGAUGCUUGCCACAUGACCAUCGACGAGAUGGAAAGUGCUGCCACAGAUCUACUGACUCGCAAGUGCCCUGGUGGCGAAGGCGGCAGCCGGAAUGUUGGUGGUCAUGCCUUGUACAGCAGUGACGGGGAGCACAGUGGGGUUGGGAGCCUUGGCCCCAUUUACAGCGAUGAGGAGCCCUUCCGUUCCCGAGAGGAAGAGGACUUGGCUGAUGAGAUGGCUUGUGUUACCUCCUAUUGACCAUGUAGUGCCCCCUGGUGGGGCACAUAGAGACUGUCACUGCGGAGAAAUACUUAGAACUCUAGACUUUUGGCUACGAGCAGGGACUUGCCCAUGGGUGUGCCAUGGUGGGAGUGACUGCUAAACAUGGGGACCAAAGGAUGGGAAAUCAAAUGUUGCUCUCAUAUCAGUUGAUGCAAAACAGCUAUUAGGAACAGUGCAUACAUUUCUGGCUUAGGCAGUCAUUUUCUUGCUGCCCCUUCUCCAGGCUUUGACUCCUCCACAACUGUCCAGAAAGGGAAGAGCAGGUCAGGAUUUGUCCCUCUGGGAAAGCACUGUGGGUUUUGAAAGGCUGGAGGUUCCUAAGGAGAGGGAGGAUAUCUUUUCUAUCAGAAACAAUAAACGUUCUUUGAUAGAUGGGGAGGCCUCCACUGUUAUCUUUUUCUUGAGAUAAUGAAAAGGGGGAUGAAAACAAAUGAAGGUUCCCUGCCCCAGCCUUGCUACUUCUCUCUGCUUUUCUUCAACACGCCCUUUAUAGUCUCAAGUACCCCAGAAAUAAGAUCACAAUGCUUCACCUGGUGUAAAUUUGUCAGAUUAGGUGCUGGGGUCCUUGUACUGCACUCACAUUCACAAGCAUGAGUUGGAAUCUGGCCUUCACCUCUAUGCAGGGGCAUAACUACCAUUAGACAAGGGGAGGCAGCUGCCUGGGGGCCUCUACGCCCCGAGGGGCCCCCCAGAGGCAAGUCACAUGUGAAGUGAGUGUGUGUGUUUUAAAAUUUUGUCUCUGGGCCCACUCCAGCCUCGUUACGCCCCUGCCUCUAUGCAUUGAAAGGGUGGAAGAAUCUACCCUGUUGUCUCUCCUUAACCACCAACAGAGUUCAAAGGCUGGUUAAAAAGUGGCUGGGGGUAAC